AUGGCAUCAAAAUCUCCCGACAAAGAAGGCGAGAUUAAGAUACCUUAUGAUCAUUUUUCUAACGACCAACUUGAUUUAAUCAAACAAUAUGUUCCAGAAAAGUUUUUUGCUAAGGAUGUAGAAGAUCCGAUUGCAGAAACUAUCGCAUUGAUACCUUCUAUCGACGAUCCGAACUUCGAUCAACUCUUAACUGACAGAAUACAAGGCGAGAGUGAAGCCUUAGAUAUGAUUUCCAGAUCAUUAAACAAAGAUUUACUUGCAAAUUAUAAUACAUACCUUAAAUCAAUGCAAAUGAUUUCAGAACUCAACAGACAACUCAACCUUACCACAUCCAAUGUCAGACAAACACGCCAAGUUAUGCUUGCCGCAGAAACAGAAAUUUCCGAGACACCACGUGUAUUCUUUAGACAGAUUGUCAAGAAGAAAAACUUGGCAUCAGUUAUAGAGCUUGUUGCUGCUGUCAAUCAAAUAUUUAAGAGCACAGACGAGCUAAAUCAAGCGAUUGCAAACAAAGACUUCGUCAAAGCCCUUGAUCUCUGCCUUAAACCAGCCGAUCUAAAGUCAGAAAUACGUGCUCUCAGCGGCGUCGAAGACUUAAUUUCAUCUCUUCAAAAUAUGUACGCAAGAGUACUUGAAGAGAUGGAUAAAACCCUUGUCAGCAUGGCUACUACCUUCGACAGAAACAUUUACGCCAAUCUCAUGCAUUCCUACCAGAUAAUUAACAAAAUAAACACAGUUCCUCAAAAACUACAAGAAGCAUUCCUUAACAACUACAAAGACGCUCACGACAAGAUUAUGCUCGGUGCAGAUGUGUCAAGAGCUAAAGCUUUCCGAGCUGUUUACGAAAAAUUUAUCGACGCAUCCGCAAAUGUCAGCCGUAUACACCAGCAAAUUGUACUCUGGCAUCGAGGAUCUUCCGAUUACGAACCCAUCCGCAAGUCCAUUGAGUCGAUGGCCAAGACAUUAUGGGAUAAUUCCGAAUGUCAAGUUACACAACUACUUUUGAAGGCUCCCAUUGACAAAUUGAACUUCGAGAACUUCGACGCUCUCAUCAAAUCAACGACCAGCUUCAUCCAAUUCGGUGCAACUGUCGUAGAUUUGCCAGGUGGUCAAUUAUCAGGGGCCAUGGAUACGAUAACCACCAAAUAUUUCAAGCUCUUCCACAAGAACGCAAUGGAAGCAGUCCGAGAAGUCCUAGAAACAGAUUCUUGGGACAGAUGUCCGUCAGAUUCGAGUUUUGAACGUAGUAUUCUCACAUUAUCGAUACCAAUCAAGGAGAACAGUGAUGCCUUUGGCGAUAAGCCAUCAACAGGAAUGACAAGUAUCAAUGUUUCCCCGGCUUAUGAAUUCGACCACUCAAAGACGACAAAUUCAUGCUCAAACGUACUCAAAUUCAUCCACCAAUAUUUAUCGUUGAUGAAGGCUGUACCGAAAUUGGCCGCAGAAACCUUUAAAGGCAUUCAACAGCUUGUAGAGUAUUAUUCGCUUGCCGCUUUGCACUUAUUCCAUAAAAACGCACCUCUUAAGCCUCUCGAGAUGACGAACCUCGGUAAGAUUAACUUCAACGGUAGCUUUUCUAUACUAUUAACUCCUGAUGGUAUGGAUUGCCUCUCCAGAGUGAUCCACCACCUUCAGGAUAUACAGCUCGUAUAUCCUACAGAAAGCCAGGUGGCUCCGGAGCUCCUAAGAACCUUGGAUCAGGCAUCUGCUGCAUCUGACAACAUGAAAGGUGUUGCUUGGUACUUGAGGAGCGUCAGAAGCUUCAUAGAAGAAAGCCUACCAGAGAAUUCUCUCGGUGCUUUGCGUAGAUUCUUUUCGGAUGUAGUUUCAAUUUUCCUCCAGUCGUUUGCUUCGUUCUGCUUCCCAUUCUUUGGGCCAAGUAUGGUCAAUCUGACCGAGUUCGACACUCAGGUAAAGAAUACUAAGUGGACAAUCAACGAACCACCUUUAGAUCCACAUCCAUUCACUAAAUUGUGGACAGAAAACGUUUCUUCCUUCGUAAAACAGGUAGAUGAGAUGAAACUUGCACAGGACCAUAAGGAUGAGAUCUUAACUUCCUUGUGGAAUUACUCUUCUUUCUCUUUCAUCAACGAUCUCGCGACGAUACAAAAAGUGACAGCUGAAGGUCGAACAGCCAUGUUGAGUGAUUUCAGGAAUAUGGCACACGAUUACGUGAAUGUUACUAAGAAGCGCAUACAGCCUGACAAUUCAUGGGUUGCUGGAUUUGUUCAAGCAUAUUUCCUUGGAAUUGAAGAUUUCAAGAAAUGGGCUGUCGAAAAUGCAAAGAGAUACACACAGAACCACAUGAUGUCUAUUGUAGAAACUGGUUUCUCUGAUAAUAUAAAGAGACAGGACAGAAAAGAUUUAUCUAAUUUCGUCAAAAGUCUCUAUUAA